GUACUCCUUCGUGCUUUGCCUGGCGCCUCCAAGUAGACGACCGCAAAUUAAUGUCCUGGGAAAAGAUACGUGUGAACAAAUAAUCGCGACACGAGCAUCUGGAAUAAUUCAAGAGUCGGUUUGGAGAAAAAUUGCAGUCGUGGAUACCAACAGUGAAUACGACGAGACGCCACCCUCUCCCUCCACUCCUCCAUAUCAGCGUUUGACAAAAUCAUUGCAAACAGAUCCAAGAUGUGCUCACGAGGUCGCUUUGGGCAGACGAGUCGGUCUCUACAGAUUUUGUGGCGAUAUCGGACGUGGAAACUUCUCAAAAGUAAAAUUGGCCGUACAUCAAUUGACCCGAGACAAAGUAGCAAUCAAAGUAGUUGAUAGAGGGGGUCUGGAUGCUCGAGCGUUGCGGAUGUUAUCCCGUGAGAUAGCCACUUUGGAAUGUGUUCAUCACCCCAACAUCCUUAGAUUGUUUGAAGUCAUCGAAACACUCGGACGUGUUUACCUAGUAACCGAAUGGAUUCGAGGAGGCGAACUGUACAAUCAUAUCACUCAAGGAGGCCCAUUAAGGGAAAUACAUGCUGCUCCAUUGUUCAAGCAAUUACUCUUAGCUGUUAAGCAUAUGCAUAGCCUGGGAUAUGUCCAUCGGGACAUUAAAGCGGAAAACGUACUUUUAGUAUCAGAGAAUCGCCUGAAGUUAGCCGAUUUCGGAUUUAGUACGGAGCUUUUAAAUGGACCCCAACAGAAACUGGAUACCUUUUGCGGAUCUCCACCAUAUGCUGCCCCAGAAUUAUUCAGCGAUGAUCAUUAUAUAGGCGGUCCAGUCGACGUAUGGGCCUUAGGGAUACUUUUAUAUUUUAUGGUUGUGGGAAACAUGCCGUUUCGAGCACCAACUGUACCCGCACUACGCUCAGCCGUUUUGAAAGGCGAUUAUUCUCUUCCAUCGCAUAUUAGUUUACCUUGCAUAAGGCUCAUACAACGAAUUCUAGUCCACUUACCUGCACGCCGGCCUACCAUCGACGAAAUCCUCACUAGCCAAUGGGUAGCGAACCCCAACUUGAGUGCCACACUCAUGACGCACCACAUCAAUCAGCACACAAAAUCAUCAAACGGGAAGAAAUCAACUUUCUGGUUUCGCACCAAAGCAAAUCGCGCAAGAAAAAAUUAUUCCCUGCGCCAAAGAUACAUGGAAGUGGCGAACAAAAGCAUUUUGCAGUUCAACACGAAAAGGAACGACGGGAUAAUGACUGAUAACUUCCUACAUCCGAUUGACCUAACCAGUGAUAUCUUCGAGCCAGAUCAAUCAACGGCCAACACAAAAAGAUCCUUCUUCGCAGGAACCCUAAAGAAGAAGAUUGGGCCCAUGGAAGUGGACAGGAAUAAAAAGAGCAUCCAAAAUGGAGACUUGGCACGCCCCCUGGAUUACGGUGCUCAUAGGGAAUCACCCCAGUCGCCAAUAUCUCUGAAAAAUUACGACGAGGAGAAAGGCAGUUUUAUUAUGACCCCAACCGACACUGAUGACGUUUCUAAGCUGAAUUCCUUAGAAGUGGAAGCCAGGCAGAUCCUGGAACAGUUGGGCAUCACAACCGAAAUGCUACGAGUUGCCAUCAAAAAUGGACCCCGAAGUGAUGUUACUGGCGCCUACCGAAUCAUUAUCAAUCGCCUCCAGAAGCAGGCAUGGUUUGCCAGGCGGCAGGCUGAGCUUGCGGCUCUGGAGCAACUGCAAGCGAAACCCGUGAAGCGUGAACGGGGCUCUUGUAUUAUUUUGUAAAAGACGGAAACCAAUGGAGUAUCAGAUCGAGAAUUUUGAAAAUUUGUCUUCACAAGGAAGCAAACGCCAUUGAUUUAUUGGAAAUUCAGCGUGAAUGCUACACAAUAAUGUCUCCUAUGGAGUCGGGUUCUAGAUAUCUCUAAAAUAGAAAAGCUUUAAAAUUAAUAAAGGAUUCAUGUUAAAGCCGUAAGUAGAUGAAAUUAUGUAAGAUAAUCUACCACGAUAGAGGCAAUUGUAGUAAACAUAUUAAACAUAGCGGAAAUAUUUAGCGGAUCAUUCGGAAAUUUUAACGUAGUUUUAAUCGAGGCUGAACCAUAACAACCUGCAACCAAACGAUUUUUUAUAUUCCUACAAAACUAUCAAUAUUUCUAUUGUGAUAAUCUUAUAUUUAAAAUACUAAGAUAGAAUUUGUAAUUCAAACAACCAAGCAUACAAAAAGCUGUAGCGAUAAUUGAUUGCUUUCAGGAUAUUUUAUUUAUUUGAAAUUAAAGGUGGAAAUCUUUAAUUGUUACUAUUUUAGUUUGGAAACGGCUCUAUCCCGUUACAUUGAAUCCUAUAGGAAAUUUAUUAAAAUUUCUUGGACAAUAUUUGGUUGUUGUAUAUUGAAAAUUGUAAAAUGAUAAACCGAGUUAAAAACGCCAUUAAUAAUGAUAUAAAAUAAAUGAAAUUGUGUGAAGGUCUCCUACUCAAUAAAAUACUAAAUGCCAAUACUGUAAACUUGAAGAAAAAGUAUUAUAUCCUUAAUUUAAUCCUAGAUAAUUAAGGAAAGUGAAUAUGAAGAAUGAAGAUAUUGUUAUUAUUAUUAAAAUUAUAAAAAAAUAAAUAUAGGACCAAAUAAACGAGUAGCCACAUAACUUUAGAUAAUAAUAAAUACCGAACGGCAUAUUUAAUGGUUUCUAGCGAAAGUAGUUCUUUGUUAAAGAGGUUAUGAUCUAUUUCCUGUUCUGUUUUAUGCAGUUCAUAUGCAAUAUAUUUUACUGUUACCUUCCUUAUGUGUACGAGACAUAAACAUAACAAAUUACCGCCUUAAGUUCAAAUUUAUGAAGAAUCAGAAUUGUACUGAUUUUACCUCGGAAAUGAGGAAGUAUUUUUUUCAAUAACAUUCGCAUUCUAAUUCUA